CCCACUAGCCGCAGUCACAAUUUAACCGUUCGAUGGUGAACAUGUUACGAUAUGCCGCGUUACGGGUGAAUUUCUUUUUACUGGAAAUGAUAAUUAUUUAUCUACUAAUUGAAUCAUAAUAUAUAAAUGAUAUUUUAAAACAAAUUAUACAUUCUUCUACUUACAUGGAAAUAUUCUCUAAAAUUUUUUCAAUAAGUGAUUUAAACUAUGAAUGUGUCGAUUAAACUUUGUUUAACAAAAUACAAAUGUAUUAAAAAGUGAUUCGUACGUUAAAUGUAUGUAAAGUGAAUCGUUGUGGAUAUUUAAAAAAUCAAGCUAUCAGUUACAAGGAAAAGCAUUCGAUUGUAUAGCUUUAAGCCGGCCGGCGCCCGCAUUAAAGGGAAUAUGAUCAGAUCUUACGAGUCACAUCCUCCGUUUUGAUUAUUAUUAUAUCGCAAAUAUCGUUGAAUUCAAAUCUAUUGAUUCAUUCUUUAUCAAAAAUUAUCGAAAAUUAAUGCAUUUUAUUUUAAGCAUAGUUUGAGAAAACUCUGAUUCGAAAUGAAUAUUUACUUGCUGCAAUACGAAUUGAAAAAAGUUUGAAAAACUAUAGAAAUUAUUUACCGGUAAAUAUUUUGUGAUAUUAAUUGAAAAUGUAGUUUUUCGUAGUUUAUAAUACUCUCUUUCGAAAGGACGAUAUGCAAAAAGAAAACACGUAUUCAUAAAUAUUUAUCUCUUCCGAUUUUUUUUUUAAGUUUUCAAAUGUAUUCAGUUUUUGUUUUUAUAAAUUAGUAUAACAUAUAAAAAAGAAUUUUUCAUUAUUUUUAAUUAUUCCAGUGUUCAAAAAAAUUCAUGAUUAAUUUUUUAUUUAGAAGUGAAUAAUAAAUAAAAAUUUUAUGAAUUUUAUUUACUGAUUUUGUUAUUAUUUGUGUGCUUGAAUGAAACUAGUGAAUAGUGAACAAAAAUAAGUGAUUACGGUGAUUUAUUUUAAUUGAAAGAAGAAUCGUAAUAAAAGUGACAACUUCCGACGGUUCCAUCUUUACUUCUUCUCGAACAUGAUUUUAUAAAUGGAUAUAUUUAUUUCUUGGAGAUUUUUCUCCAAGAUGAUCAAAACCUGUCUUUACGCAGUAUUCGCAUAAUCGUCACAGUGGAGUUCUGCUUAAUCGCAGAAUCUACGAGCGAUCUCGUCACUCCGGCGAACAGCGCGCUCUUAAUCCUCUAUAAUCUACUGUAACAUUCAGCCUCGGGAGGGGGAGGUUCGAUGUUGGUCCCUCCCGUGGCCCAAAGUGGGACUGGGGAUCGUCCCGUGGGCGACACGGGUGCCCGGGCCCAACAAACGUCAGGCCCUGCUGCAGCAGCAACUCUAUGGCCCUUAGCACCCGCACAGUCCAAUCAAGUUCCAAAUCAACAGUCGCAGGGUAUUCCACCCUUGGCUGCUACUCCCGCGCCAGCUCAUAAUCAAGGUGUGAGUCGUUACGGACUGUACUCGUUAUUCCCUGGGGGUGGCGGGGGCAGUUACGUCGCAGCCACUCCCGCCACCCCUGGACCACCCACACCUGCACGAGCUUAUCACGCGACAACACACAAGGUUUCAGAAAGCGUGUUUUCCGCGGCCGUUGGGGUCGGGGUAGGUGGCUACACUUGGGGUGCUCCCACGCCACCUCCUGGAUCACCCUACAGUCCUGUCCCCGUGACGCAGCUCGAGCUGCUGGCCAAGAAUUUGGCUAGUUUGGCUCCUCCGGGUCAACAGGCGCUCAGCCUUCAAGGUGUAGGUGUAAACGUAGGAAGUUUGCAUCACGCCCAACAUACCCAACACACACAGCAUACUCAGCAUACUCUUAAUCUGACUGGUCUCCAUCAUCUUCAUCAUGGAGGCUUGCAUCAGAACACCUUCUCCCCUCAACUGUCCUUGGUAACUGGGAAUGCGCCCACGUUGACGAUCAACAGCUUCUCAUCACCGAAUUCGACAGGCAACGUAGUACCAACGACAGGAGUAUUGCUUCAGGAAUAUCAGUCGCCAACAGGUUCGACUACCGGAUGUUCGGUCACCGUGAAUGGCACCUCGUGCCCUACGAGCUCGACCACGAGCACAAUGGUAGUACAGGGAGGCCAAACCGGCAACCAGGUCGUCCAGGCCACCAACAAGAAACGGGAGGCCUUCCUACCGAGUCAAGGUCAGCCGGUGAAACUGGAGAACAAAUCAACCAGACAGCCCUGUGUUUGCAGAAACAGCAACGGAAAAACAAAGGCAGUGCAUUCGGAUGCAGGAUGUAGCAGAACGUUGCCAGUCGCAUCCUCUUGGAAUGGACAAGAUGUGAACUCCAAUAGUAAUAACAAUGGUAACAACUUGGUGAAGAGAGAACCUUUGGCUUCGGUGCCAUGUCAGGUCGCUGAAGUCUCGACAUCUCUUCAUGCAACCACUACUUCUGUAAAAAUUGAACCAGUUCCUCCAAAAUCAGAAAAUGGGAUUGUGGUAUCGAAUGCAGGAGCCGGUGGCGUGCCAGUCGGGAUCGCGGUGGCCAGACAGAGAUUGCAGCACCAGGAAACAUCCACUUCGAUGCGCAAUGUUUCUCUGAGUCAUCACACUUCGCAUCAUGCGAGCUAUCAUCAUUUCCAACCUGACAAUCUAGGUUCGAGCACGGCCAUGGCAGUAGGCGGUGCGACCCUGGUGCAUUGCGGAGGACCUGGAGGGGAAGACCGACCGGCCCACCUUGCCAUUCCCUCGGGAGCUCUUGCACCCUCGCUGAACGCCGCUCUUGGCUCGAGCCUGAAUUCCAGCCUGAAUUCCAGCCUAAAUUCCACGUUGGGUAGCAUCGGUGCCGCGGCAAGCGCAGCAACCGCCGCCACGGCCGCGGCCACAGCCGCAUGGCCGCCAACCUUAUGGCAGUACCCCGCAGCGGCCGCGGCUGCUGCAGCUGCAGCUGCAGCGAUGCCAAUGGAACCAGUUGGUUUUCCUCAGAUGGGUGUUGGUCUUCAAGGUGGUCUACAAUUGGUUAGAGAUCCAACAACGGGUCAUCUUCUUCUUAUUCAUGCGGCUGAACAAAUGCAACAAGCAGUAGUAUGGCCAAAUUAUUCGAAUCAUAAUAAUGGAAAUGUUGCGCCACCAUCUCUUUUGCUUCCGCCUCCACCACCAUCUCUUCAGCUCCUGAGCGAUAUCGGUGGCGCAAGGCUAGUCCUUACUGAAAGUAAAAGAAAACAGCAGAAUACUCUACCUAUUGUCAAGAUAGAAGCAGAUUGUGGCACCAAUCCUACUACUAUAAUCACCUCAACGGAAUCAACAAAAGCAUUGCAGACUGUGACUUCGAUGACAGGAACCCUCGUACCAGAUACACCCCUUGUGACCACGUUGCACUAUUACCCUCAUGCUCCUGCAUUGGUACAAAUCAGUCAAGCCGAGCCAACGCAUUGCAGAUCACAGCAGCGAAAUUCGUUUCUGUCGAAGGCGACCUCGCCGGUCUCGUGUUUGACGCCGCCGCCAGAGGUGACGCCGAUCCACGCGAUCGAGCCACCGGAAGUGGGGCCGAUAGUGGGGGUACAGGACGCGUCGAACCAGACGGACGCACCGGAACCGGAGGAUCAGGAGCAACCGUUGGUCGAGGCAUGCGUGAAGCAGGAACAAAGUUUGAGUCCCUGUCAGUUGCAGAACUCGGCCAACCUGACAACCACUACCACCACCACCAACCUGACGAAUUUGACCAAUUUCGAAAUCGUGGCCGCAUCGCCGGAGAAGGUGUGCAACGUCGUUCGAAUAACCACCACCACUACGACCGUGAAUCCAGGAGUAUGCGGCAUCGUGGGUAAGGUGGACAAAGCGGAGAACACGAUCAUCAAUAUGGCCGAUUGCCCGAAAUACUCGAUCACGAAGGAGUGUAGGAGUGUAACAUCGAUCGACAGGACGAUCGAACAUGUGGUCACCAGGCAAAUCGAUAGAGAACAUGAAGAUAGAAAUCAUGCAGAGGAGGAGGAAAACGAGUCGCUUGAGAUACCAUGUAGGGAUAUCAGGAAUGGACCGAGAAUUAUUGAAAUUACCGAAGAAAAUUGUGAUAGUUUUCAUGAAAAUUUGGAAUUCUUUGGGAGGAGAAGGGAUCAUUCGUUGGAUAAAUAUAAAGAUAAAAAUAAAAGUUAUAUUUCUGAAACUGGUAGUGUUGAACAAGAAGAUGAGACUGAUACGAGAGCUGUUGAAAAGUGCGAGACCGAAUUAGCCAAAGUAGAAGAUAUGACAGAGCUGCACAGACAUGUGAGUUCUGUUUCAGAAAGUUUGGAAAUCAAUCAGAUUUUAAAACCAACAGAGGAUUCUACUAAAUCAAAAAUAGAAAUUGAUUCCAAUUAUGAAUCGAACUGUGAGAAAAGUCAUAUUGAUGAUUAUCCUCAAACUCCUGUAUCUCGCCCUCAAAUCACUGUAAAGUCAUUUGAUAUGCCCAAUAUUGACUGUGAUGAACAGAUGAUCGAACCAAUUACCAUCAAACAAGAAGCAGACGAAACAGGAUAUGAAGACUGUUCUUACAGAUGCGAACCAACAUCAACGACAGAGAAACCAAAAUGCCAAGAUUCGUUCAAGAGGUACUCAGUCGAGAAGUCUCAUCCUGGAAUUGAGAACGUGGUGGAGAAGCUAAAAAAGAACGCAGCUGCUGCUUUGCAGGAAACAACAGCUCAAAAAAUAGAUGAUUCCAAGGAUAAAAAUGCGGAGAAUCUUCGAUCGAGAAAACAUUCAGAUACUGUGCCGAGAAAAUUGGAGAACGGUUUAAAGAAACACAUUUUAAGAUCCUGUGAGAACUCUCCUUUUUUAGAUAAACACGAUGUCAAUCGGGAACCUGAAGUAUCUUCAUCAGAAACGGUACGAAUAGCUAAAGAUUCGCAAGAUAUUUCUAAAUAUUUAACAACAACUGAACACACAUCUAAUUCUUCCAUGAAUAAGCAUCCUUUGUCCAAAAACUAUUUCACAAACGAUAAUAAUAACGAUAUUAGAAAUAGCAAUAAUAAUAUCAAAAUGAUAGAUGAAGAUCCUGUUGUGAAAAAGGAAAAAUCUUUAUCUCCUGAGGUUUGCGAAUUAGUGGAAAUGAAAUGUACCGAUAGUGAUGUCACGCCCAAAAAAUAUAGAAAAAUAGAAACAUCAGAUAACUCAUACGCUUCAACGCCUGAUAAUCAAAUAAUUAAAUCCAGAGCUGUUAAUUCUAAACAAAAACCUACGGUUGACAUUAGUGGCCUCGAAUUAUUAUCGAAUAGUAUUGAACAAUUGGAACAUUUGAAACCGGAUUCUCAAAAUUCAGGUACAGUAUCUGAACUAGAGAAAUCGCCUAUUAGAAGCAAGUUGAUUUCUCCGCAGGGAGAAAGUAAUAACAACAACGUAGAUAGUCCUUUGGGAUUGUUAUGUGCUCUAGCGGAACAGAGAUUUAUGGAAGAAGUAGGAGACAAGAUACCACGAAAGUUGAAUCUCGAAAGCUCGGAGGAAAUAUCGCACGCUGGUAGAUUGUUGUUAAACCUGGGCAGAGUGAAUAUACCGGAAAAAGAGGGAAAGACGACAGACAAACGAAAAUAUGUUCAAACAGAUAUAGAGAAUUACGAGAAUUCCAAGAGGUUCAAAACGGAUGGCGAAUCCGAGGAUGAGGAAUGCAGUUCAUUGCAUUAUCAACAAAAUAAUAAUGACGAGAAGCUAUACGAUGAGAGAGUGCAAGAAGAUAUGAUGUUCAGGCUGAAAGAGACCACAAGGAGAAGUAUAGACUUUUCUGAACAAAAUGGUACUAGUUCUGACGAUGAAGAAGUUACCAUGUUGAAAAAUGCUCCUCUUAAUAAGAAUAUAAGUCCUUAUAAGAAUGUAAACUAUGAGAGAAACGAAAAUUUUGAAGAAUAUGAAAGACAUUAUGAUCAGUAUCAAAUGAACGGAACAUAUAGCAGCAAAGAAUCUAUUGAUGGUAAUUUAUCGGAUUCUGAUAUGGAAAUAUAUGAUAAAAAAUCUUCUAAUGAGAAAAUAGAAAAGGAAGAUAGUAUAGAUGUUAAGAGGCGACUUUCUACAGAACACCGUGACUGUCAUGAUUAUAGGAACUUGCAAGCAAAACUUGAUGCAAAGAAAUUCAUUGCUCGAAAAGGACAUAUAGAUAAUGAGGCAGACUGGCCGAAUAUGGAUGCCAUGGAACUUGAUAUGAGAGUCAGAUUAGCUGAUAUUCAAAGACAAUAUAGAGAGAAACAGAAAGAAUUAUCUAAGUUGACUCCGAAAAAGGAUGAAAAGAAAAGUCCUGGUAGACCGCGAAAGAAGAGUCAUUCUUCCAGUUCGGACCACGGACCUCUCGCAUCACCACCGAUAUUGGAACCAAUAUCUUCACCGCACAAAUCUCCACCACGAUCGCCAGAUGGAGCUCCGCCGCCACUAACUUCAACUGUCCUAGCUAUGCCAAGAUGUAAUGUGAAUUUAGUGAAAUUGGGCGAACAAAGGAGUCACAUUAAACUGUUGGACAGUAUACCAAGCAUUCCGAUCCCUGUUCCACCAGUUGCCUCGCCAAUUACCGUGUUACAAUCGAACAAAUCGUCGCAGGACGACGAUGAAAAAAGCACAGGAAGGCUUGGCUAUGACACAUCAUCUCCAGCUCCUACAAUUGCGAGUUCUAGUUCGGCUUCAAAAAAACGAAAGGUUGGUCGGCCUAGGAAGUUAAUGUGUACAUCCGGAAGUGUCAGACAUCUCACAGAAACAAUAGUUGCAAAAAAACCUAAAAGCAAGAGUUCUCUAGUGGGAUAUCUUUUGUCUUCAAAGAAUAGGCAUCUUCAAACGAAAUAUGUGGGUAAAACUGGUUAUACUCCAUUACCAUUUAAGACUACGUUAUCUUCCAUAAAAUCCUCUUCCAAGAAUCAUAAAUCAACAAAGUCAAAACCGAAACCUGCGAAACAAACACCUUUGCAUAGCAAAAAUGUAAUUAGUUCAAUUAUUGCGGAAAAGGCGAAAUUAAGUCAAGAAGUGAAAUUAGACAAACAAAGUAAAAUGAAACCAAAAUUGAAAGCUGAAGCAAAAGUGAAGACUUGGGAAGAUGAUGAAUCUAGUAGCGUUACAGAAAAUAUGCCAGAAUCUACUGUAGAAGAAUUAACAAAGGAAAUCCCAGUGGAUAUUACCAAACCAAUAGAAAAAGAAUCUGAAAAGAUAAGACACGAGAAAUCGAAAAAAAAGAAGCGAAAAUCGAAUUCGUCCUCACCGUCCAGACAUAAAUCAAGCGAUCGAGAUAAGAAAGAAUCGAAACGACGGAAAUCACUCGAGUGCAAAGAAUGCAAAGAAUGUGCGAAAGCUGCUCGAGCGGAGAAAACGGAAAUCGUGAACAAAUGCAAAUUAACAUCGGCCCACUUAGGUAUAGACCAGCUAAGGGUUUUAACGGCUAUGGGUGGUCUAUUUUAUGCCGGAAGACUGAGCGCUGUUCAAGCGCCUGACGUUUAUGCGAUUACGCUGGAUGGUGAACGAGGUAAUAGACCUCAUAUCCAUUCCAGAGAGGAGAUACUACGAGAUGCGAUCGUGGAGAUUUGUCCUACUUCAACGAAAGAAUUACCGCCUGGCACGAGACUGUGCGCUUAUUGGAGCCAACAAUAUCGUUGUUUGUAUCCGGGAACCUCGGUUGAACCCUCGGAACCUGACCCAGAACUUGAUGAAAAAUUUGUCAGCGUAGAAUUCGAUGAUGGAGAUAGUGGAAGAAUUGCUUUGGAUGAUAUCAGAUUGUUACAGCCUGAUUAUCCUGUCGUUGAAUAUGAUCCUAAUCCUUUAUUAUCAUUGGGAAAACGUCGACGACAAACGUCAAUGUCGACAGAAGAUAAACGUUCGUCUAGUAAUAGUCAACCAUCUGUUUCUACCAAUAUAAAUAACUCAAUACCUGCUGUUACAUCUACAACGAGUUGUUAUGUUUCAUCGUCUGACACACAAUCAUUGGAACGACACAAGUCGGACGAUAUAGAUGCUAAAGAUUUGGAAGAAUAUCGUGAAAGGAAACGCAUGAAAAAAAGAAGAAGAGAUAAAUUGAAAAGAUUGCAAGAAUCUCAAGAAGGAAAGAAAAAGCAUAGAAGACAUAAAUGUUGUGAAGAACACAGAAAGCAUAAACACAGGAAACAUCGUAAACAUAAACACAGACAUAGCCAUCAUAGUAGUUACAGUGAAGGAAGUCAUAAUAGUAGUGGGGAAAGCUGUUGUGGUCAAAAAAGCGAAGAAGAAUUACCGAAAGAGACAGUGUCUAAGAUCGAUGAAGAAAAAGAAGUUGAAGAAGAACCAGUUACUCAAGAAGAAGUUACUCCAGAACCGAUCAAAGAACCUGUUCAUGAAGAAAAGCCUGAAAAACCGAAGAAAACAGAUAAAAAGUCGAAAAUACGUGAACGACAAGAAUCAGUAGAAAGUCGAAGCAAAAUGGCAGCUUUCUUGCCAGCAAGACAGUUAUGGGGAUGGGCUGGAAAAGGUUAUAGGCGACCCGGGGCUAAAGGAAGAGCUAAAAAACAGUUCUUCCGUGCUAUACAACGGGGAACUGAAACAAUCCAAAUAGGUGAUAGUGCUGUCUUCUUAUCGACUGGCAGACCUGAUAGGCCUUAUAUUGGACGCAUCGAAUCUAUGUGGGAAACUUCGAGCUCCAAUAUGGUUGUCAAAGUGAAGUGGUUCUAUCACCCUGAGGAGACCGUUGGAUGUCCAAAAAAUUUAAAGUACCCGGGCGCUCUGUUUGAAUCUCCUCAUAUGGACGAAAACGAUGUGCAAACAAUUUCUCAUAAAUGCGAAGUAUUACCCCUUCAAGAAUAUACGGAGAAAUUGGGCAAGGAACCACAUAGAUAUCUGACCAUUUACGACAACAAUGACAUUUAUUAUUUGGCCGGAUAUUAUGAUCCAACGACGUACCUGUUAACUAUGCAGCCAGGGGUUGUUUGAGAACAGCUUAAGCUGACGAUUAAGUUAACGGGUGUUACUUAAUUGUUGUCAGCCAAUAAAUCACUGCGAAAUUAAACGAAAUGCCAUGGCCGUUCCUGUCACGGUUGAGAUGUUAUCACGUUUUCCAACGAAAAGUUAAGAUGAUAAUUAUCAAAUCAUGGCGAAAAUAGAUGAACGAAUCGAACGUUCAUCGAUCGAGAGACAUUAAAGUUUACAAUAUAAAAAAUCAACGUUUACCUCGAACAAUAAUUUUCUCAAUAAAAAUUUACAAUGAUGCAAUCAACGACACCAUCAUUCAUAGUACGCUUUCGAAAAGCAAUCAGUGUCAUCACAAGGCACAAGCGUUAUUUAUUAUCGCAAAAAAAAACCAGAGAAACCAGAGAUUGUUUCCAGUUGCAUUAUAUUUUUCCUCUUUUUCUAUGGUUAUUACAUAUGUUGUUACGAUUGAUUUUUCUUUGAUCUAGAUUCUUUUUCCCAUUGAAUUAUAUAUACAUACAUAUGUAAGUACAUUGUUCAUGAGAGAUAAUCGUUGUUAAUUUAAUACGUUUUCUAUUAGUAUUUCUUGCGUCUUUCAUAUCGUUCGAAGUUUCAACUGAAUUAUACUGUAUUUCGUUUCGGUGCUGAAAGAUGGAUUUUGACAGGAGAAAGAUACUUUCGCGAAUAUUAUUGUGAGUAUUUUCAUGACGAUACUUAUUCGCAUUUUACAAGUUGUGAAUUCUUCAAAAUGAAAAGGCGUGCAAUGAUAAAGUUGUUUCGCUAUUUAUAUAGAAAUAUCUGAUUAUUUGUAUGCUAUCGUGAUAGAUAUAUAUGAUGCACGAAGACCGUGCAAUUGUUGCAAAAUUUCGUGGGAUCCAAAAGUUUACAUUUGAAAGAAGAGAUUUCGAUAUUUUCGAAAUUUGAAUCCGAAGAGGGGGCUUGUGCCUUGUGUAUAACGAAGUUAAAAUAAAAAUAAAAAGCAGCUUAAUUUUUUCAAAAUUACGAGCUGGAUUUUUCGAUACUUGGAUCGCGCUUAUGAUGAAUAUUGAUAAAUAAUUACAAAAAAUAAAUACAUAUAAAAAAAAAAUAUAUAUAUAUAUAGAUAUAUAUAUUAAAUAUGUAGAGGAGAGAUGCAAUAAAUAUACCGAGUGGCAUUAACGCGAAAUAAAUUACGAAAACAUUGAUAAAUGUUUUAUCAAUUGUAAAUAUAAAAUAUAUAGUAUACAUACAUAUACAUACAUACAUACAUACAUACAUACAUACAUACAUACAUACAUACAUACAUACAUACAUACAUAUAUACAUACAUACAUAUAUAUAUAUAUAUAUGUAUACAUGUAUACUGUAUAUAAACGUUAAGUGCGUACAUACGUAACUAAAUCGGAUGCAUAAUCUGAUUUUUAAUCGUUAGACCAGUGUUAAAUAUUGUUGUCUAAACGAAAAUACAAUACAUAUAUACAUCUACAUUUAUUAAGCAAAAAUUAAAGGAAAGAGAUUUUUUGCGAAUCUUGUAGUCCGAUUAUGCAAACUCUAUAUGUAGAGAUAUAAAGUUGAAGUUGCAAGUUGCGAACGGAAAUAGUCUGUUCUAUUGAUAUUUUCCGACAACUUUCCAAGUAGUUCUUUUUAAUACUCCUGCAAUCGGAACUUACGAGACGCGAUGUACUUAGAUUAAAUAUCACUUUCUCGCAUCAAUUUCUUAAUCUAUUAAUUAAGAAUCAUUAAGUUUAAUUGCUUCAAUGCUGUUCAUAAACAAAGGUUCAUUUGAUUUUUGUUCUUUUUUUUUUUUUUUAAUAUAUAAUUUUAUCGAUAGAAAUGAAGAAAUAUGUUAUAAUACGCUUAUUAUCCUGCUUUCAGGAUAAAAUUUUCAUUUAAAUGUUUUGAUAAGUGUCGCCAAAAAGCUUUAAAUUUUCGCUAAGCGAAAAAAAAUAUUGUUUAAUCUAGUAAUUUAAAUGAGAUAGAUAUAAAAAAUGAUCAAAGUAAUAAGUCAAUACAAUUAAGUAUAUUGAUAUCUUUUCUCUAAUAUUUGAAUUUUUGAUAAGUUAUUAGUUUCUUUAACCUUUUGAGGAAUCGAUUUAUAAGAUAAAGAUUAUUAUUUUUAAUUUUUCUAAAAAUAAAAUAAAAUAUUGUUCUUAUUAAAUAUUAAUAUAAAUUAUUUAUGAAAAAAUAUCAUACAAUAUAAAAUAAUAUUCAUUAUAUUUUUUGAAUUAUUAAAAAUUAAAAAUAGAUAUGCUAAUAUCUUUCAAGAAGUUAACUUAUAAUAUGAUUAUUUAUAAAUUUUUUUAUACAAUUGAUGUUCUCUCUUUGAGUAGGAUGCUAUUAGUUAUAUUAAACGUACUAACUGACAUUAUUUUUUUGUAAAAUUUUCUUUGGUGAUCAUGUAUACGUACUAAAUAUUAACUAUUCUAAUUUAAUUUAAUAAUAAAAACAAGAGAAAUUCCAAGAAAAAAAAAAGAAAGAUUAUUUAGUUGCAGAAAAUCAGUUUGAAUAGCAUUGAUGCACCUAUACAAUAAGAUCGAGAGAUUGAUGCGAGCACACGUCCCAUUUCCUGUAUCUUUUCUUUUUAAUUUCUUGACAAUACGAAAAAGAAGAGAUUCGAUGGAUUACUCGAAAUGAUCGAGAAUAUCUCGAGUAUUGAAUCCAUAGUGAUACGAGAUAAGGUGCUACACAAUAUUUUUUGUUCAUUUGCGCGCAUAUUAUUAUUGCGAUUAACGAUAAGUUGACAUUUGCAAAACGUUUCAAAUAUUUUUUCAUGCGUUCAUUUUGCGAGCCUUGUGCAACCAUCCCACGUAGAAUUAAGGUGUCUGUCUUUUUUUUUUUUAUGAUUUUUUUGUAUCUCUCUGAAUAGCGAGAAAGUUGGCCACUUUUUGAUUCUUUUUGAUCACGGUCCGAUAAAAUCGUGAUUGUUUUUUUACAUAGCCCGACAAAUCCUCGUAGAGGGAUAUAAAUCUAUCAGAGAUACAUAUACAGACAAUCUCUCUGACGGUGUAAGUACAAUCACAAGAUUUUCGAUUUUCCGCCGAUUAUCGACACAUCUUAGCUAUUUAUUAUACGUUUAUUAAACGUAUCGUCUUUCGACUAUGUCCUCUAGUUUCCUUUUAUAAGAGGAACAACUAAUCGUAGCGGAGCAUGAUACAUCCUAGUACAAAUUGCAGAUACAAUAAUAAUUGUGCGUUUAUGCGAUAUUCAUAUCGGCGAGACGUGGAAGACAAGCAAAUCAGAGUACUUACAUCGUAGCGCGUGUGAUUGUCGCGUGUAAAUAGAUCAUAAGCGUACCAGGAUCGCUCACUAAUUUGUCUUAGAUAGAACUGAUCGAUUUCCAUAGAUUUCUAUCUUCUAAUGUAUAUUCAUUCUUAUUGUCGUUCGUGCACGCUGUCGCAAAUCUUCACCAUCGUCACAUAAUCCUGGCGGUGAUAGGUUCGAUAGAUUUUUGGACAAUGCAUACAAUCUGUACAUUGCAUAGUAUUUUUCCAUUAAGAGCAACAAAAAAAAACGACAAGAAAAAAGAAAAAUAUAUACAUAUACAUAUAUAUUAUCGAUAAAUUGUCGAAUUUCUCUGUAUCAUUCAUCGGCUCGAUGGUUUUCAUCCAUCUUUUGAUGAUUGUAUAUAAAGCAUGAAAAGCGUGAAAGAUAAAAAAAAAAACAAUUUUGUUAAAUCAUUGUGGACAUAGUUCAAAUGAUGUUUAACGUUCAUGGUUCUAAGUCAUUUUUGACUUUAACAGUUAGCGAUAACGCUAAAUCGAAUAAAUUUGAAUCUAUGAUUUUUGAUACAGCCGCUAUUGGCUUAUACUUUGAAGAUUAAAAAGAAGACUACUGAGUCGUAUAAAUGAUGAAAAACGACGAUUUGUCGAUCAGAGAUGUCGUUUCUUCGAUGACGAUUUUUUCGACGCUUCGAUCCUGUGAAAAGUAGCCUACUGGUAGACAACGUAGACGAGGCACGUUCGCUUGUAGAUUUGUAAAUAAUGUAGAUUAACGUAAAUAGGUAUAUCGAAGGAAAUGUCGGUAUCCUUGAUCAUUUUUUUAUACUUAUCCCAAAUAUAUAUUUUUUUGAUCGUUCAAUUCGAUCAAUUUUGCUUCCAUUUCGACUCAAUAAUAAUAAUUUUAAUGAUAAAUGGAAGCAAAUAAAAAAAAAUUUUUGAAAAAAGUGAUAACGAAAAUUAAUAAAAAAUAAUAAAAAGAUUUAAACAAAUACGAAUUAUUGUAUAUAUAUGUGCGAUGAACAAAAUGACGCCGACAUUUCGCGAUAACAUUCUUUUUUUUUUCGAAUCCAUAUGGAAUUGAAGCGCUUCUCAGUCGAGAAGACCAGUGUAUAUGUCGGUAUGAAUCGACUUUUCCUUCCAAUGAGAAGACGAGAUUUAUUUUUCUCCGGCAAAGUUUUCUUAAUUUUUUUCUUUGGCGAGACAAUUUAGAUAAGCGAGAAAAUUCACAUGAAAAAAAGCGUAUACCGUUCGAGCUAGUCUAGCCACUACGUAAGGGUUAGUUUAUAAGUGUCUAGAUAACGGAUGGACGAAAAAUUUGUAUCAUCAUUUUUGAAUGAAUUGAAUUGAAUUGUUUCGUAAAAAUUUUAUUUUAUAAAUAGACAUUUUUUUUCUUCUUCUAUUUUAAAUUAGAAUUUUUAUUUUAGAAUUUUAUUUUUUUUUCAUUUUUUUACUUUUUUUUUCUUCUUACUUUAUAUAGACAAUGAUAAUAUAGAAAUUUAUUGAAAUUUUACAUUCGUUUUAUUAGAAAUUUAAAAAAAAAGAAUAUGUCGUACAUCCGUUAUCACGAUGAAAAGAAUCCCUUGAUCAUGUUGCGUAUUCGAUUGCCAUUUUUAUUGUUCGCGAUAUACGGGAAGGAUAAAAUAAUAAUAAUUAUGGAACGACCAGAAUAAAAAUGUGUAAACAAUCUAAGGUUAGGAGAUUAUGCGAGCCUGUAUAUUUUAUGAGUUGUAUAGCCGAUGCAUGGGUGAUGCUUAAGACAAUGAGAGAAAGAGAGUAAGAGCGAGAUAUAUAGAGAGUGAAAGAAAGAGACAGAGAGAAUGAAAUGGAGAGUGAGUGAAGCAAAAACAGAUGAAAUUAAUAUUUUAUUCUAGAGAGAGAAAAAGAGAGAGAGAAUUGAAAUUAUUAUAUUUUAAUAACUAAGACGUGCGAGUAGUCGAUUUAAAAUAAAAAAAUAAAAAAAUAUAGUUCAAGAAUAACAUGAGAUGCAAAAGAGCGAGCAAACAUACAAAUGACAAACAAAAAAUAUAUAUAUAUAUAUAUAUAUUUAUAAUAAUAUAUAAUAUAUAUAUAAUAUAUAUAAUAUAUAAAUAUAUAUAUAUAUAUAUAUAUAUAAAGAGAUGAAAAAAAAUGAAAUAUGAGCGAGGAAAAUUCUACGCAUGAAUGAGGAUUGAAAUAAGAACGAAAGAAAAAGAGAGAGUGAGAGAUUUAAGAAUAUAGUGGAACGACUGUUUUUCGAACCCAAAAGUCUGAGAAAAAGAUUUCAGGACAAAAGAAAAAGAAAAAGAAAAAGAAAAAAAAAGAAAAAAAUGAAACAAAGAAAGAUACAGUUGAAUUUCAUUUAUAUUUUCCUACGCGAAACUUUUUGUAUGACGAGUGGCAAUGUGUGUGCGUGUGAGUGUAAGGCAAAUUUCGGUUGACGUUUGUUUGUAAUAAAAAAGAAAAAAAAAUGAACAAAAAAUGAGAAAAAAGCACAUAUGAAAUUUGAAAAUCAUGGCGAAAUGUACUAUGUGCACAAAAUGAAGACGAAAGAUAAAAAAACAUACAAAUAUAAAUGUUUGAUGUACUGCGUUUAAUGUAUGCUUACUGCUCUUCUCGUUUUGUGGUUUUUGUUUUGCAGUAUUGUCAGGUCGACUACUUUUUUUCCUGUGAGUAAAUGACACAUUGCAUAGAUUUUUUUCCUUUUCUUUUUCUAAAAAAAAUAUAUAUAUAUAUAUAUAUAUAUAUAUAUAUAUAUAUAUAUAUAUAUAAGAUUCUUAUACUUACGUUUUAAAAAAAGUUUCAAUAAAUAUAUAGUCCUUUUAAAGGAUCCGAUAAUAAAAUCGAUUGGAAUUUUUUCUAUUAUCGUUGACAAAAUUUUUCUUUUUCUCUGAGCUUGGUUACUUGAUCAUGCGUGCCUCGAUUGCGUUUUUGAGAUAAGAAUUCUUGGCUUUCCUGUAUGAUUUAUAAGAGACAAGUUUUUUAAAAUAAACGCUAGGUUAUAAACUUAGUACUUACUUAAGAUUAGAUCAGUUCUAUGAGUAGAUUUUUCUCAAAUUAAUCUUCCACUCACUCAGUAAUUUAUAAAAGAGGGAAUAUGAGAAUGAAAUUUAGAAUGUAAGACUGAAAACUUGGUGACUUAUGAACAUAAGUUGAAAAAAUUCAAAUAAAACUUUCAUUAUAUCUAAAAAAGAAUGUCGAUAAUUCAAAUUUGAUUGAAAAUAUUAGAGAACCUGAUUUAAGUAAUUUAUUAAUUCAAUAUUUCCAUUAUUCGAUAUUUUUUUAUGUUAUUUGUUUUCUUAAUUUAUUUUUAAUUUUAAUUAUACAAUGUAACAUGUAUAAACACAGAAGUUCAUCGCUUAACGAAGAAUAUUGUUUUCAAAUUUAAAUUUCGAUGAAAUUGAUAUUUGCGUGGAAAUAGAAUAUUAUUAUUGGAGAAUUCAUUAUUGGAAAAAAAAACUUCAAAAUUCAAUUAUUGAUAAUUAUUUGUUUGUUUAUUAAAACAUACGUACAGAAAAGUCUAUUCAUUGGACGAUUUUAUUUUUAAUUUGGAAAAAAAUUAUAUGUAUCUGUCAUUUUCUUAAUAUGUAGGAGUUUAUAAUUAAUAACAUAUUUCAAAACAAAUCAUAAAUUAUAAUAAUAAUUAAUAUUUUUUUAAGUUAAACAAUUUAUAGUGACUUAUACAAAUAACUUCAUUUAUACAUCUUACAUUAUUUUAUUAUUAUAUAUAUAUAUAUAUAUUAUGUUUAAGUUUUGAAGUAAUAACAGCUACUUUUAAUUCUUCCAAGAUUAUUAAUAAUAAAUAAAAAACCUCUAUUUUUGUAUAGAAGUUAUAAUGCAUUAAAAUUUAAGAUCAGUUUUACCAAAAUACAUUUGUCAUUUAAGUAGUUAGUAAUUAAUUAAUUAAGAGUUAAAUAAAAACUGCCAUUAUACUUUUUUUUAUUAAAAUCAUUCAUUUUUAUUAUUUCUACUAUUUGUUGUUACGUGUAUUUCUAUAUUUCAUUAUGUUCCAUUAAUUAUAUUAACUUAAUAAUUAUUUAAUAAAUAAUUGAUUCAUUAAAAAAUCUUAGAUAUCUAAUAUAGACUUUUAAAAAAUAAAUUCUUUCAUAAUUUUUAAAUCAAUCUUUAUUUUGUCUAUAUUAUCUACACGCUCAGGAUUUUUUUUUUAUUUCUAUCAAUCGUCUUCGAACAAAGUUCAUGAAUAGUCUAAUAUACUCUAUUAUACAGAAAAGAAAAAGAAGAAGGAAACCUGGCAAAUCUGUGAUAGAAUUCUACAACGGAGUACCUCUACAUAAAAUUUAUCGAUCGUACGUGAUCAUGUGAUCAAUGUCGAUUAUUGUUAUUAUUAUUAUUGAUUCGAAUUCGAUCCUGUUCAAAUGAACGUCACAAAGAGAUGGAUGAAUUUCGUCUGUUUUAUUUUAAGCACUAAUGAACGAAUGACAUGAUAAUUUGAAUAGCAAUGUAUGGACAGAUUUUACUGUUUUUUGUUCUUGGUCAAAAGUAUUGUGUAUACAUUCAUAGAAUUAAGUUUUUGCAUUAUUUUCUAAAUGAAAAACAAGAUGAUGUGGAAGAAAAAGAUGGAAAUAAUGGGUAAUUAAAUAAAUGAAUUAUAAUUUUGAGUAUGAUAAAAA